UCGCGACCGACACAACGCUAGCACAUCGACGCAGAAAGCCGCGAGCAGGACGCUAAUAAGUCAGUCUUAUUAUUUGUUCUCCAGUUUAUAAUAUUCACGUCGUAUAAAAUACAUAUUUGAUUCUUUAGUAGAGGAUAAAGUGGUCUGGAUGCGCUAGAAGCACUGUGCCGCUUCUCGUGCUAUCUUUGCUUGUUAGUUAGCUUAGCUGGCUAGUUAGCUUAGCUUGUUAGCUGCUAACAGAAGACACAGAAGUUAUCAACACAUCGCUAAGUAGAGAUCAAGUGUGAGAGUAAAGUGUUGUGAUUGUGUGAAAAUGUCUACAUUACAAAUGUUGAGAGCGUUGGUGGAUCAGCGACUAACUGCUGCCGUUGAAGAAAUAUUUGUAGUGUUAGAAAGAACGAUAGCAGAAUACCAGGCGGAACUUUCUAGAACAAAGGAGGAGAACAAUCAACUACUGGACGCUGUUUUCAAGAAACAUCAAGUUGUGUUACACAGAACAGACGUCCAGCAGGUGUCAGCAGAGAGUCAUGAAGAGAUUCCCUCCAAGCAGCAGGAGUGGAGCUCCAGUGUGGGACAGAAGGAGCUACAGGCCCCCUCCCACAUUAAAGAGGAAGAGGAGGAACUGUGGGAUCAGCUUCAAAGGUUGGUGGAGGAUAAUGAUGAAGAUGAAGCUCAGUCCUUACAGCUUCAUCACAGUCAAAGUGAGGAGAACAGAGGGGCGGAGCUUGUAAGUCAACACAUCACAGAAGCUGAUGGAGAGCAUUGUGAAGAUAUAAAGUCAGAACCAGACAGCAUCUUUGCUCCACUGUCAGACAUGGACCAGACGAUGUCACACUCUUCUGAUCACAGUGACCACAUCCAAAAACCUUUGGAGAGUAAAAAUGACUGUAAAGGUGAUACAAGACAUCACACUAACAACAAACACUUUGACUGCUCUCAAUGUGGGAAAUCAUUUAGACUGAAGACUGAUUUUAUAAGACACAAGAGAAUACAUACUGGAGAGAAACCUUUUACUUGCUCUGUUUGUAAAAAAAGUUUCUCCACAAAGCAACACAUGACCACACACAUGAGAACACACACUGGAGAGAAACAUUUUACUUGCUCUGUUUGUAAGAAGAGUUUCUCCAUUAAGUCUGCCAUGACCAGACACAUGAGAACACACACUGGAGAGAAACCUUUUCCUUGCUCUGUUUGUAAGAAGAGUUUCUCUAGAAAGCAACACAUGACCACACACAUGAGAAGACACACUGGAGAGAAACCUUUUCCAUGCUCAGUGUGUCCCAAAAGAUUCUCCAUAAAUGAGCAAAUGAAAAGACACAUGAGAACACACACUGGAGAGAAACCUUUUACUUGCUCUCUUUGUAAGAAGAGGUUUUCCAGAAAGCUUAACAUGUCCACGCACAUGAGAACACAUACUGGAGAGAAACCUUUUACUUGCCCUGUUUGUAAGAAGAGUUUCUCCACAAAUCUUGUCAUGACCAGACACAUGAGAACACACACUGGAGAGAAACCGUUUAGUUGCACUGUGUGCGCUAAAACAUUCAGGGUUAAGAAUAAGGUCAGUAAACACAAGUGUGUAACAGUCAUGGAAGCUGCAGGGAUUUAAAAACACUUAAGCAGUGAUUGUGCUAAAUGUACUUUAAAACACAGCAUGUUUAAUAUGAAUGUAUAUUUGAUGUUUUAUGUAGUAGUGCCUCUCAUCUUCUACUGUUAUUCUAUGUUGUUCUGGAAUUACUUUUUAAGUUGUGUGCAUUUAUUGAAUAUCAUGUACUAUUUUAUUUUAUUUUCUCAUUGUUAAAGAGAGAACUUCUUUCUUAUUAUUUACAGUUGUUUUUUGUUCACACAUUUUCUUCCAUUGCAUUUUUAUUGAUGUUAUUAUCCAAUUAAAAGAAUGAAUGAAUAAAAUUGUUAACAAAA